CCUCACCUAAUUGACAUUUUGAUUGCUUCAUUUAUUCAAUGGGAUUCAAUUUUUAAAAUCAAACUGAUUGAUAUUUCUAUUUAACUUACGGUACUUUAUUUAUUCACGACUCAGGGCAUGUUUCAAAUCUACCUUAGAAGUAGAGCCUCAUUUGAUGUUCUUUGCGUCAAGUACGAGGCAUUUCGAGGCUGAGUGAGUAGCAGUAACCUUUGGUUGCUCGGCAAAGUCCACGAGCACAGUCUCCUUGUCGACUGCGUUGUCAACUCAAAAUUAAAUUAACAAAUCAUGACGUACAGGCUGCGCGUGAUGCUGGUGGCGACAUUGGUGUUGGUAGUACCGGUGAAGCCGUACGGUGGUCAGUGGAAUCACGGCCACGGCAGUCCCUACAAAGCUUGUACGACCGCAACAGUACACCACUACGUGACCAAAACCGUCAAUGUCGGCGGUAGUGGCCAUGUUGGCCAUUAUGCAGCAGGUCAUUACGUCACUGCUACCGAUACCAAAACCAUCAUUGCUACCACAACUACCACGCAGGUUUUCUCGACGACCAUCACAACCGCCAGUCCUACAACAACGACGACAACCACAACGUCAACCACCACCAGCACUUUGACUCUCUUCACUACCACGACUUCAACCAGCACAACAACAGUGAGCACCACCCAAACCGUCAUCAGCCAGGCCACAGCGACCGCUACUUUGGUGUCCACCGUCCUCAAUCAGGGCUUUCAGACGGUCACCCUCCCGUGCCACAUAGACCCGCGCUACACCGUACACCACGGACCCCACGUCAAGACUGCCAACUCCGAGAAGAAGAAGGCACCCGCCAGCGCAGAGAAGGACGCAGCCUGGGCGUGGACGCCUUAACUCACGGCAGAAAUAAUGAGAAGUCACUUCCGAAUUACUGGCAUUCCUUCCAUACUGUGUGUAAGAGAAGGAUACAUACGUUAAUAGAAGGAUACAUACGUUAAUAGAAGGAUACAUACGUUAAUAGAAGGAUACAUACUGUUAGAGAAGGAUACUGUGUGUGUAUGGAUGCUUUGAUCUACCCAUUGUUUACAGAAGGUCAAUAGUUACCAGGCCAUUAGACAAGAAUAAUGUUUGUCACGGUUUACGCAUCCACGGCCAAGGGGAAUUAAAUGCCUUGAUUUCGAACAGUUAUGUUCUUCUACUGUUGCUUAUAAGCUUUAACAUCAUGCCUAAACCAUUGACUUCAUCUUCCUGAAUGAUGUACAUAUUAGGUUUAUAAAUUGAGGAGUCAGCUGUCAGUCCUGGGCGGGCAUACGAGGCGUGUUUUCAUUCAUUCGAAACGUCCGCUAAUUUGCCGGCACAGAUGGACCGAGAUUUGACUUAGUACUUAAAAAAUACUAAAUUUUUAGUUUUACAAUAGCGGAUUAUCUUUAUUUGAGGCAGAUAAAACUAAAUAAUAUAAAAAAAUAUUCUAAAAUAUCGUCUGGUUUUAUUUUAAAUAAUUUUACGAAAAUUUUAUUUUGAAUCAGUUCUCAAUGAUGCAUAUAUUAAAGUAUUAGUGACCAUAGCAUCCAUGACUAUAGUUAAUUUUGAUGCUCAAAUGUUCUUACAUUAUAUUCGUGACUAGCAUGACAAUUUUUGCGCCUAGGUACGUUGAAUGAAACUAUCAGUUAAUAAGAAA